AUGAGCUCACCCAUUAGCAACAGCCGCUCCCUUGCCGCCUUCCUGCAGCAGCUUCGCAGCCUGGGGCAGCCACCCAGACCCGUGACAUCGACGGCGUGCUCGCCCCGUCGGCCGAGGGAGGUGCCCCUCUGCCCCGUGAUGGAACCGGGCAAGGCGCAGGACGCGGCCACCCUGCCCGGUCCCACCAAGUGGCCACUGCUGGGCAGCCUGCUGGAGAUCCUCUGGAAAGGAGGUCUCAAGAAACAGCACGACACGCUGGUAGAGUACCACAGGAAGUACGGCAGGAUUUUCCGCAUGAAGUUGGGGUCCUUCGACUCGGUGCACCUGGGGGCCCCGUGCCUGCUGGAAGCGCUGUAUCGCAGCGAGAGCGCGCACCCCCAGAGGCUGGAGAUCAAACCUUGGAAGGCCUAUCGCGACUACCGCGAGGAGGGCUACGGGCUGCUGAUCCUGGAAGGAGAAGACUGGCAGAGGGUCAGGAGUGCCUUUCAAAAGAAACUAAUGAAACCAGUGGAAAUUAUGAAGCUAGACAACAAAAUCAAUGAGGUCUUGGCUGACUUUAUGGGUAGAAUAGAUGAGCUCUGUGAUGAGAGAGGCCGCGUUGAAGACUUAUACACGGAGCUGAACAAAUGGUCUUUUGAAAGCAUCUGCCUCGUGCUGUACGAGAAGAGAUUCGGGCUCCUUCAGAAGAACGCAGGAGAGGAAGCUCUGAACUUCAUCAGGGCCAUCAAAACAAUGAUGAGCAUGUUUGGAAAGAUGAUGGUCACCCCGGUCGAGCUGCACAGGCGCCUCAACACCAGGGUCUGGCAGGCGCACACGCGGGCCUGGGACACCAUCUUCACAUCAGUCAAAGCUUGUGUGGACAACCGGUUAGAGAAAUACUCUGAGCGACCCAGCAUGGAUUUGCUUUGUGACAUUUAUCACCACAAUCAGCUUUCAAAGAAAGAGCUGUAUGCGGCCAUGACGGAGCUCCAGCUGGCUGCGGUGGAGACGACGGCAAACAGCUUAAUGUGGCUUCUCUACAAUUUAUCCCGUAAUCCCCACGUGCAACAAAAGCUUCUUAAGGAAAUUCAGAGCGUGUUGCCUGAGAAGCAGUUGCCACGGGCAGAGGAUUUGAGGAACAUGCCAUAUUUAAAAGCCUGUCUGAAAGAAUCUAUGAGGCUUAACCCGAGUGUUCCCUUUACAACGCGGACUCUUGACAAGGCGAUGGUUCUGGGGGACUAUGCUUUACCCAAAGGAACUGUGUUGGUUCUAAAUACCCAUGUGUUGGGAUCCAAUGAAGAAAACUUUGAGGAAUCAAGUCAGUUUAGGCCUGAACGGUGGCUUCAGGACAAGAAAAAGAUCAACCCUUUUGCCCAUCUUCCGUUUGGCGUUGGGAAAAGAAUGUGCGUCGGUCGCCGGUUAGCUGAACUCCAGCUCCACCUGGCACUCUGCUGGAUCGUCCGCAAGUACGACAUCGUGGCCACAGACCUCGAGCCUGUGGAGAUGCUGCACUUGGGCAUUCUGGUGCCCAGCCGGCAGCUCCCCAUCGCUUUCUGCCAGCGAUAA